AUGCAAGAGACAUCAUCCGAAAUUGUGCGGCAAAUUGUCGAAUUUGAAGAUCUAGUUUCGCGGUUAAAUCGAAUAAACGACAUCGACCGAUCAUUAGCCGGUACCGCGUCGAAUUUCACGAAGGGAAAUCGAAUAACAUUAACAACGGCGACGACGACGGCGACGACGACUGCGACAAUUACGACAACUACGACGACAAUAGGCACAACGUCGGCUAGAUCAAACUUAUCAAAGACGUUGCCGAGUUGGUGGUGUGUAUCGCAUUUGCGAGUCCCGCGAUCCGUUGUACCGGAAUCACAAAUAAUACCGAGACUGGAAUCGGCACCGAAACGGGAAUCAGGAUCCCGAUCGGAAACCCCGCAGACGUCGACAAUGUCGUCGUCGUCGUCGUCGUCGUCGAUGCCAUUAUCGACGAACGCAUUCUCCCGAUUCGCCUCGACUCCGUUCGCACGUUUCAACGAUCAAGCGGUGACUACAACUUCGCUACCGUUUAAAUUUCCGAGACGCGGCAAAACGGAGCACUCGAGCGACGGGUACGAGAGUCUUGCACGAAUCACCGAUUGUUCGUCCACUCCGAAUCAUCACCGAGAACAGGAGGAACGACGAGAACGUCAAGAACGACGAGGAGAAAAUGAACGAGAGCAACAUGUGCGCGUGCAUAUCGGUAUCGACGAAGAUCUGCGCAUGAUCCUCGAGAUGGAUCCGUCGAUCGUCGACGGAACGGUGGCCGCUGCGGCAGCUGCGGCCGCCACCGCCGCCACCGCCGCCACGACAUCCCCAUUGCUAGGCAAUCCUGACGACGCCGGUGACGCUCAACUCACGAACGUUGCAUUUGCCCGGCCGUUGCGCGCCACUCAUCCGCAAGGCUGUCCGCCAACAUUCAAGACUGCGACGCCCACCUCGCGCACGCAAUUGAAGCUCCAGCUGAUGCGAGAGCAGCUGCAGGAACAAGAGAGGCGGGAGGCAGAAUUUCGUCAGAGCUUACAGCAGCAGAGACCAGCAGCUGCUCAUCCCAGACCCGUACCCCCCGCGUCCCUUUCAACCAUCGGGGUAGACGUGCCGCCGCAAGUCUUGCAAGUACGAACACUGCUGGAGAAUCCGACUCGCUAUCAUGUUGUUCAGAAGCAAAAGAAUCAAGUGCGGCAGUAUCUCCACGAGUCGUUUCGUGGCGGUGCAGUCGGUAGCGCUGAAACAGAAAGCGUCCUUGAAAAAAAUUCAGUCGAAUCAGUACCGAUGUCCGGUCCAAUGGUUGUCCAAAGUGCACCGCCGGGACCAAUAGUGCAUCAUCCAAAACCGCAGCAUCCUCAUCUGGCGUCGUAUCCACACCCUCAGCCGCACUCGCAUGCACCCACGGUACUGUCGCUCGGAAAUUCGGCAACGGCCAGCCCAGAUCCUACAUCAGGCGCCAUGUCGCCUGGUCUUUCCAGCGUCGCAACCAGUAAUUCCGAGGCGGAGGAUCUCCUCGACGACAUUCUGUCGUUCGAGAGUGAAUCCUUGGGCGACAGUCUAAAAGACGGUCAGCCAGGAAGUUUGUCCAAUAUUCCGGAGCUACAAAUCAAACCGGAGCCAUUGCUGCUCACCGAAGCAGAGAUUCACGCCCUGGCAAAAGAUAGACAGAAGAAGGAUAAUCAUAAUAUGAUUGAGAGGCGACGGCGUUUCAACAUCAAUGAUAGGAUCAAAGAGCUUGGUACUCUCCUGCCUAAGACCAAUGACCCAUAUUACGAAAUCGUGCGUGACGUCAGGCCGAACAAGGGCACAAUUCUCAAAUCUUCGGUUGAGUAUAUAAAACUGUUGAAAAAUGAAUUGACGAGAAUGAAGCAACACGAGCUCAGACACAAGCAGCUGGAGCAUCAAAAUCGUCGGUUACUUUUACGAGUACAGGAAUUGGAACUGCAGGCGAAGGCGCAUGGUUUACCAGUUUCUGACUUCAAUUGGGCCUCGACUUCUGGCACUAUGCUCGCUAGCUUCCCAAGAAGCAAAUUAUUUGCUUCACAGAUUCCGGAACUCCCGGUGCUAGUCGCAGAAGAAGCAUCGAGUCUGAGUAUGUCGCAGCUUGAAGAUCUGAUGGAGGAUGACACGGGCGGUCCAAUUCAUAGCGGCGAUCCAAUGUUGUCUUCGCCGCACCUUCCUCCUUUGAGUCCUCCAGCCGCAGUAUGCCAACACGCAUUACCGGAUGAGGACACCCUCGGUAGUUUGGCACCGACCACGCCCAAUUCCUCUUCCGACAUGGACAUAGUCGCAUAG